AUGAACAGUAUGGAAGCAGAAACCAAUCUUCCGGGCUGGAUGCUUCCUUGUUCAGGUUGUUUGGUUAUGUUUUAUGCUGUUAAUGCCGUGAGCCGUUUACCAUCCCCGGCUCUUGUCAAAUAG